AUGCGAACAGAAGCUCGUCGAAAAAAUCUCCUCAUUCUAAUUUUUCAUUAUUUAAUGGAGGAAGGGUAUGUCGAUGCUGCAGAUGCUCUAGAACAAGAGACAAAAUUAAGCUUACGUGGCUUUGAAGUUUGUGACAACAUUGAUCUUGAGACAAUUCUGAUGGAAUAUGAAAGCUAUUACUUUGUAAAAUUUCAAAAGUAUCCUAAAAUUACCAAAAAGGUCCUGGACACUGUGGAAAACAAACAACAGCUGAAUACUGGAGGAAGACCAAGAAGGGCAGCAAGCUCUUCUCAGAGUCUCCCAGGGCUCAAACAUCAGACAGUGCAACGACCGUUAUCAAAAACUUCCCCCGGGAGUACAACAGAAUUUAAAUCAUCCAUCAAGGACAGCCCCAAACAGAAUAAUGACAGUGCAGGUGCUGUGGAGCAAUCUGACUUGGGCUUGAGCGUGUCAGCCAUCAACAAAGCUGGAGGAGACAGCACUCAACCAAGAAGGGGCCAAGUAAUUGACUUCCAUGGGGUGAUUCAGGAUGCUGUCAAAAUGUCAUCCAAUGGAAUAGCCUUGAACAGCUUUAACUGUGAUCCAGACCCAUCAGAGCGAUUACUGAAGCCCCUUAGUGCUUUUAUUGGCAUGACUGGUGAGAUGAGAGAACUUGCAACAGUUAUAAGCAAAGACAUUUAUCUUGAUAACCCAAACGUGAAGUGGGAUGAUAUUAUUGGACUGGAUGCAGCCAAAAGGCUGGUCAAGGAAGCAGUUGUUUAUCCCAUAAGGUACCCACAACUGUUUACUGGCAUCCUGUCUCCCUGGAAAGGAUUAUUGCUCUAUGGACCACCAGGUACUGGAAAAACCUUGCUGGCUAAGGCUGUUGCCACAGAAUGCAAUACAACCUUUUUCAAUAUUUCAGCAUCCACCAUUGUCAGCAAAUGGAGAGGGGAUUCAGAAAAACUUGUCCGGGUGUUGUUUGAGCUUGCCCGGUACCAUGCUCCUUCCACAAUUUUCUUGGAUGAGCUGGAGUCAGUUAUGAGUCAAAGAGGCACUGCUUCUGGUGGUGAACACGAAGGAAGUCGGCGGAUGAAAACAGAAUUACUGGUGCAGAUGGAUGGCUUGGCCCAAUCUGAUGAUCUUGUAUUUGUUUUAGCAGCUUCCAAUCUGCCAUGGUAA